GGGCGCGGGACUCGUGGCGUGGCCCAAAGGCCUCCCAAAAUUCCCGAUCUCAGCGCUUCGACGGUGCGCCGCGGGGCGUCGCGCCGUGCGGCGGCUUUGAACAGCUGGCGGGGCAGCAGGCGGCGGUCGAGGCGGCGACGCCGGCGCGGCGAGGGGGCCCGGGCGAGGCCGCCACACCCGACGGGCCUCGGCGCGAGUGCGUGUUCGGCCAGAGUGCUUCCUUCUGCAGAGCCCGGCUGGCGGCUUCUCCGCUCCGGUUCCGCUGCCUCCGCCGUACGGGCCGGCGACCCUCACCGACAAAAUCGGCUCGUCGUCCCUGACCGACCUUUCGAAGAAAGUCCCGCGCUCCGUGGCGAUUCGGCGACGAGACUCCUCUCCGCUGCGGCGGCCGCUUUCCCUUUUCGAGGCUGGACUUUGGUGCCGAAAAUCCACGCGGUUACCCCGACCGUCUCCGCCGAAGCCACUCGUCGCUUUGCCGUGUGCUUGCUAGUCGCGCGCGGAGGACUCCGUCUGCAACGCGCAUUCCUGAGCCGUGGCGCCUUCUCGCCGUCACGCGGGUCCCGCGCGCUUUGAACACGCCGUUCGGCGACCGGCCUGCCCCGACCGUUGCAACCACCCGGGUGCUGCUGAACCAUGGAGGUGGCGCCGUACGUCUUGCUCCUGCUCGAGACGUUGGUUGUUGUAGGGCGCUGCGUGUUGUCGGUGCUUGUGUACAUGCUGCGACUUGUGGUUCCCGCGAGCCGCAAGUCGCUGCGUGACAAGCACGUGCUCGUGACCGGAGCGGGACACGGGCUGGGACGCGAGAUCGCCCUGCGCUGCGCGCAAGUCGGCGCUAAGCUCAUCCUGCUCGACAUCAACAAGGAGAACAACGACGCGGUGUGCGAGGAGCUCCGGCAGCUCGGGUACGAGGCGCACGCCUUCCAGUGCGACGUCACCUCCGAGCAGCAGGUGGAGGCCGUGGGCGACCAGAUCCUCAAGACGGUCGGGCCCGUCGACGUGCUCGUCAACAACGCGGGCAUCGCCAUGUGCAAGGGACUGCUGACGCUCAAGCACAGCGACAUCCGCAGGACGUUCGACGUCAACACGCUCUCGCAGUUCUGGAUGGUCAAGUACUUUCUGCCAUCCAUGAAGGACAGAGGAAGCGGCCACAUCGUGUGCAUCGCAUCCGUGGCUGGCCUCCUGGGAUCGCCCUUCAUGACUGACUACUGUGCUUCCAAAUUUGCGGCCCUGGGCUUCAUGUAUGCUCUGGAGGAGGAACUCUUCCAUACAGGCUUCGAGUUCAUCAAGCUCACCACCGUGUGCCCCGUCUUCAUCAACACCGGCCUCUUCCCCAACGUAGGCGCCAGAUUCCCGCUGCUGACGCCCAUCAUGGACACCCGAGACGUUGCCUACCGGGUGGUGGACGCCAUCCAGCGCGACGAGUCCUUAAUCGUGGUGCCCCGCAUAGUAGAGAUCAUGUACAAGUGUCUCAAACCUCUGCCGGAAGACGCACAGAAGCUGAUCCAGCGGUUCCUCGCGUGCUCCAUCCAGAAGCCGAGUGCGUGAUGGCGGCGCCCACCUAAGCUUCCCACUAGGCACAGCCGGCAUCAUCAGACAUGCACAUCUAUCCAUUCGCUCGUCUCCGGUGGUCCUCCGCCGCAGACGAACCAAGACCGACGACUAGCGAUGUUCGCUGAACUGACGAAUGAGAAGGCGUCGGCAAAGAUGCCGAUGUGUGUGCUAGAAAGGACUUGGGGGGGAGGGGGAAGGGGGGGACUCGCGCCCUCUGGUUUUGUUUUCUGCAUCGCGUGAUGCCGAUAUAUAUAGAGGAGGUACUAUUCGGCCAUCUUCUCUAUGUGUGCGUACGACUGUGGCUUGGCCAUGCCUGCUGCGAAAUCUCUUCAGCGCUGGGCGCACUGAUCCAGGACACGUCAAAAAUGUGUGUGUGCUUGUUGUCGCGUGGUGCACGGAUGAAAAAAAAAAAUGGCGUGAAAAAAAGAAGUGUAUGGAUGUACUCGUCGUGUUUGUAUAGAAGAAUGGAAAUGCACCUUUAAGGUUAAGACGAAAACGGAGUUCAUCUAUGUGUAAGGCGGUAAAACGAGGGAAGCAUUGUGAUUUCUCGCUCGCGAAUUGCGAGCCGGUUUGCGUUUAAAGCUUGUGUAACAGGGUAAGUAGAUUGAAGAAAGCAUGCGACACAGACCAAGGCCCGUCGAAUCUUUUCGUUGUAGAGUUAGCGACGAGCUUGCCGUGCUUAAAACCUCUAGAAGAGCGUACUUGACAUUUCGAAAAUAUUCUUUGUUAUUGAUCUAGUUUGCACGUAUUGAUUAUAAGAUAACUUUCAGUUUUUUAGUACUUUUCAAGCCAAAGCGACCAAUAAACGACUACUGCAUCACUGUACCUCACCACAUAUAGCUGUCUCUCAAGCAUCACGGUCAUCAUCUGCCAUAUAACGGUUUCCAGUAACUACGGAGGAGAGAAUUGGGGUGCGCAGUCAUCUUGCGCUCACGUUCACUAGUUUCUGCAAGUUGUGCAAUCUCUGACCUCGAGAGAAUCCUACGUUUUCUCCAGCACAGCUAGGACCUCGAGUAGCCUUCGGCAUUCGCCACACAAAACCCCAACGACGCAUCGCGAGUGCUAUACCGGACAGGGACGGCAGAAGCUUUCUUCCAUUGGCAUAGCUAUUAAAAAAUCUAGAGAAAGAUAACUAUAACCAGUUUGAUACUAUGAAUUCUGCUUUUAUAAGAUAACAUGACGGGGGGCACUCAACUCAGCCGCUCUCGCGUUGUUCCACUUCCUUCGGCGGCUUAUAGUUGCAGAAUCAGUUUGAGAUAUCUUCACCAACGACGACAAAGAAGUGUUGCGCCAACUGCGAUGGCAACGCCCAAGUCAAGCGGGCGCAGAGAAGAGUCCAAGUAGAAAGGAAAGAAAGGUUGGGAGAGGGGAAGGGAGGCGCUGAAGGAGAGCGUAGUAAAUGCUAAACACACGGCUAAUACUUUUCGGAAAACGGCAACUUCACAAUCUUUUAUUUGAUAAUAUACAGCGCGGCUUUGUAUGCAAAUGAAGACACGUUUAUUCGAAAAUUAACUCUGUCUCAACGUGUGAGGCGGUAUGGAGUGGUUAGGGUCUCGUUCCCGUGUUUUUAAACUUUUUUCUUGUCGCUUUGGGUGCAAUUGUUAAGCAAAUUGCUAUCCAAUUACUAUGCAAGGUGCAGCAGCUCGCUGUAGAGUCGCAAAAGCGUCUCGCCUUGUCUGUCUGAUGGGAGGUGGCAAAAUGCUCUAAUCUGUUUACGCAUUUUUUUGCCUCGCGUUGCGGCAAUACUUUUAGGAUCAAUGGUGAUUGACUUUGCAGCGUAAGAUGUAUGAAGAAAUGUGCCUGCGGUACAGUGCAAAGCAUUAUGGCGGGAAUUUUUUUUAAGGAAAUAUUAGACAUAUGUGCUUCUUAUUGACGUUUCGAUGUUGUGAUGGGUCAUCUGCGUUUAAUGCAGGUUCUGCGACGAACGCCUACUUCCACUAGCGUAUUAAGACCUCGUCACGGAUAACUAUAUCCCGCUUUUUUCUUUCCUUGAGUAGUUACAAAGAGCGUAGCUUCUCUGUUUGCCAUAUCAAGUGAAAGCUGCUUAAAACCACAAUUUAGAGCAAUACCAAGGACAUUUCUGAGCAAUCGUGAGCUAACUCGUACAGAACGUGCUUGACGUAGUCACGACCUAACGAGUAUAAAUGACAGGGUCCGGCUGCAUUCUGGGAUUACGGCACAAGUUCCCGUGAAAUUACGUAUUUGAUUUUUUUAAAAUCUUCUUUGACCAUCAAACCCUAGUAACAAUCAUGUUAUGUUUCCGGGUAACUUAAAAGCAUUUCGUGUAAGAAUAACUGCUUGCUGUCAGCAUCGAAACUCAAUAGCAGUUUCCCCUUCAUACGUGACUGAUACCUCCUCGCUCAGACAGCAACUUCACGUGCGCGUCGUAAACGGUGUUUACACGCAAAUCCAGUAACCUUGUUCAGACAGGACUAAAAAAAGAAAAAAAAGCUUACGCCGCCGAUGUGACAGCCCAAACAAACUUGUUUCGUGCGGCUGAACAUACCCAGUUUGUACAUUCCCAGGGUACAUUUCGUGACUCGUCAUAACAGGUUAUCGUGUCCAUAAUAGAAGCUGCUACAUAUGGAUGGAUGGAUGGAAUAACUUUAAUGAAAUGUCCUGCGAGCUACGGGGCGCAAUGUCCCAUAGAGCGGGCUACUCCCACGUUGGGACCGGGAGUUGUAACUCCCUGGCCGCAUCGUGGGCUCGCUGGACGGCCCAGAGCUGCUCCGCCAGGUCCGUGCUGCGUAACGGGCUCGUCCCAUAUGCGAAAAAUGUGCGGGCACGUGUAGAAACGAGCGAGAAAAAAAAAAAACUCAGAACUGUCAAAAUCGGUGCUGCCCGUGCUCUGCGUUCUCAUUGCAACAUGCAGUCAAACGGUUUUAGGGUAAAUUUUUCCGAAUUCUUUAUACUCCACGAAGUAUAAUAUAAAUAAAUGGUCACAUAGGCACCGUAAAUUUCAGUGUCUAAGUUUGAGCGUACUCAAAUAUCUUCGUUCACAUUAUAUUAUGUUAGAUUUUGCUCUCAGCAUUUCGCGUACGGAAUGUUACUAUACUUGAAUUACUUGAAUCGCAAUGCGCUCUUACAAAUCAACAUGUGAGCUAUUUGGCUAUGCCUCAGAAGAGUUCUUUAUCGUGUUUGUUUUGUUUUGUUUCGUACGGGGCAAACGCCAGCGUCACCCACGUUAAAAGCUUAACCGUUCUGCAGGACCUUACACAUUGUAUUAAGCAAGCAUUGAGCCGUAGACUUCAGUGUUUUCACUUGUAUAUUUUGACGCCCUUGUGCGGAAUUAAUUGUUAAAAAGAGGAGCCGCUUGUGUACGCUCCGCGCGGUGCAGUCGUGGCUAUCAAAGUAUGCACAAAACGUAGCCUGGUCUGUCGACGACGUGUCUAGCUUGAUUUGGUGCUAAAGCUUCGUUUUAAGCUUAACUCGAACAAGCCUUUCUUUUUGGGUGCUAAGUGAAGCGAAGAAAGGUCCUGGCUGGCCUUGGAGGACGCAGUUGACCAUGCAAGCCGAUGUGCGCUUGCAAGAAGUUCGCGAAUUCGUUGUAGCAUAGCUUUUCGCGCCGGUACGAAAUGGCGCGACAAAGAGGGCUCCCUUUCGGUGACGACUUCACUGUAAGAUAAUUUACACCCUUAAUAGAAAAGGAGUGUGUAAAUCGGUCUAUAACUCGCACCCUUAUACCCACAAAGGGUUUAAUGGCGCGGGUUAGAGACCGAUCAACACCCUUAUUCACUUUUAAGGGUGCAAUUUUGCUUUGUUUCGCGAUUUAGAUUGUCCUCUCUUGUAAGCAAGCGGAGAGGUCGUAGUGACCAUUCUACAGCGAAGCGGUUAAAGGGAGUUCCACAAGGAUUAUCACGCAGACGCGGUGAGCGCUGGCGUGCGACGUGGUCGGCGUCAAAUGUCAGCCUGUGAACAGCCUGCGUCGGAGACCGCGAAGCGACCGUGUGGCCAGGGGCGCUGCUCUGGACAUCGGCGAAUUCCGCCAUAUCGUCAGCUCUGAUUGGCCCAAAGAACUGCUACGGGCUCUCUUAUUGGCUCAAAAUGCCGCCACGUUAAAUAAUCUUGAAAUAUGGCCGACGCAGUCGAACGCCUUCUGCAACGAAGUGCUUGGGUGCUCCGAUGUCAUUCGUUCGUUCGUUAUACAAGACACUUGUUUGUAAAGGGGUCGCGCAGCUCACGAUAGAAGCGGGACGAAAUUAUUCUUUCGUUAUACAGGUCAUUUCGUUAAAGAGGCGCUGGACUGUAAAUCACCGAUGUCCUAAACGGCACCCCGAGGUCUCAAAUGAGAGCGCUCAGCCAUACGCUGGCCUCUGGAAUGUAUGAUCACUGUAUGAGUCAGCAACGCAGCCCUAACAAGUCAUCGGAAAGCGCAGUCCGAUGCCGGCGCUACAUACAGCAAAUUGCGUCGCAUAUAGCAGAGUACAGAAAGGCCAAGCUCGGAAUUAGUGAAGUGCUUGAAAAGGGCUAUCUUAUGUUGAAGAAUAUGCAAUAGUAAAGCGUUGGCAAAGGCCAGGUAGAUUACGAGCAGUGGCAAACCAGACCCCCCCAAAAUCCCGUGGGGCGUCAGAACUUCCUUUCACAGCUUCGCUUUAUUUCAUGUAUGAGUUUCUCGGAGUGGCAUACAUUUCCGAAAUCACUUUUGCUGUUGUAGCCAACACAUUUAUUUCUGCACAGUGCUACGUUGCUGUUUAGCGUGCAUCUAUACUAUUUGAUGAUGACGAAUUUUCUAUGCAUUCUUUCUUUUUAUGUUCUCCCAAGCGCUGUUACCUUACGCACACAACGAAGUAUCUUGUUACGGAGGUGGACAGCACUUUCAGAUUGAGUUGUUGAAGUUGUAUCGAAUAAAAAGAACAACAAAUGAA